AUGAAGCCGCCUCAAGCGCAGCGUGCGGCGGGCCAAGCCGGCGGCCGGCGUCCCGCGGCGUUGCAGGAGGAGGCGGGCGGCUUGGCGGAGGCUCUGGGAGAGUUCGAAGCGGUGCUGGAGGACUUCGCCUGCCCCGCCGGCCGGAGCCGCUUCCACUACGGGGAGCACCUGGAGCGCAUGAAGCGGCGGAGCAGCGCCAGCGUCAGCGACGGUAGCGGCCUCAGCGACUCCGAGAGUGCAGAUUCACUCUACAGGAGUAGUUUCAGCCUCAGUGAUGAAAAACUUAACUCUCCAACUGCAUCUACUCCAAGCUUGCCAUCUCCAUCAGUAACUCCUUGUAAAGCAAAACUUGGAGACACAAAAGAACUGGAAGAAUUCAUAGCUGAUCUUGACAGGACACUAGCAAGUAUGUGAAAUGAAUCUUUGGCACUGCUUGCCUGUGGAUGUCAUCUGAAGGAUAAGUGACAUCAGUGGUGGAGAACUGCUGCCUUUGUCUGAUAACUUUGCUACCCAAGAUAUUCACCUUGUGAACACAACCUUUGUAAACUCCUACAAGUAUUUAAUUGGCAAACAUCAGUGUUGUUACUUUGCAGCAGCUGGAAUCAGAUAACUUAAAUUUUCCAGCUAUAUUUUACCUUAAAAUAUAGCUUGAAUUUUAAUUUAAAGUUGCUUUUAUGAAAAUAUAUUUGUAAUUUUAUAUA